GCUCAUAUCGGGAGAGCGCACCGCGAGUCCAACCUCACCACGCUCGAGAGCGCAAAGGGAAAUGUUGCUCGAAUCUUAACGCUUCACAGACUCCGUAAUGGGUCACUGACAAGAGUUCAGCCAUCAGCAUCGUCUUUUAUCCAACAGAAAACAUCGUCAAGCGCCGAUGUCUCGAUGAAUUUCUCCGGGAAACUAACCAACGUCCUCCUGCUGGUGCUCCUCGCAGCGCAAGGCUGUUUUUCAUCUAAGGGAGAGGACAGAUUAUUUCGGAGGUUGUUCAGGAGGUACAACCAGUUCAUUCGACCAGUGGAGAAUGUAUCAGAUCCAGUCACAGUCGAGUUUGAGGUCUCCAUAUCUCAACUUGUCAAAGUGGAUGAAGUGAAUCAGAUUAUGGAAACCAAUUUGUGGCUGAGACAUGUCUGGAAUGACUACAAGCUGAAAUGGGCCCCUAUUGAGUACGAUGGAAUUGAGUUCAUACGAGUUCCUUCCAAUAAAAUCUGGAGACCUGACAUUGUUUUGUACAACAAUGCUGUAGGUGACUUCCUUGUGGAAGACAAGACCAAGGCUCUGCUGAAGUUUGAUGGCACCAUCACCUGGGUUCCUCCAGCUAUUUUCAAAUCCUCCUGCCCCAUGGAUAUCACCUACUUUCCCUUUGACUACCAGAACUGCUCCAUGAAGUUUGGCUCCUGGACUUACGACAAGGCCAAGAUUGACCUUGUGCUGAUUGGCUCAAAGGUGAACCUGAAAGACUUCUGGGAAAGUGGAGAGUGGGAGAUCAUCGACGCACCAGGAUACAAGCAUGACAUCAAGUACAACUGCUGCGAGGAGAUCUACCCGGACAUCACCUACUCCUUCUACAUCCGCCGCCUGCCUCUCUUCUACACCAUCAACCUCAUCAUCCCUUGCCUCCUCAUCUCCUUCCUCACGGUGCUGGUCUUCUACCUCCCGUCUGACUGCGGCGAGAAGGUCACCCUGUGUAUCUCCGUCCUCCUCUCCCUCACUGUGUUCCUGCUGGUCAUCACUGAGACCAUCCCUUCCACGUCGCUCGUCAUCCCCCUGAUCGGCGAGUACCUCCUCUUCACCAUGAUUUUUGUCACGCUCAGCAUCGUCAUCACUGUGUUUGUGCUAAACGUCCACUACCGAACCCCCAUGACUCACACUAUGCCGGAGUGGGUGAGGUCUGUGUUCCUUGGGGUGCUGCCCAGGGUGAUGCUGAUGAGGCGGCCUAUCGACCAGGGCUGCUCCUCCCCUGCCGGUAUUACAGGAGGCACAGGAAGAGGAGGGAGCAGAGUGGGACGCAAGAAGAGAAAGACAAGCAUAGGAGGAGGAAGCGGCUCAGGAAGUGUAAUCGUUGGGGGUAUAACUGGGGGUGUAGCGUGUCCACCACUGGAUGUUGGGGCAGGAGGAGGUGGAGGAGGAGGGGCUGCCUCAGCUGGUGGCUCAAUGAACUGUGUGGAGUACGGUGAGAUGAACCGUGACUUGAACAGAAGGUGCCCCUACAGAGGCAAAGAGGUACCGACUCCUGUCCCUCCCCCGAUGGUGCCACCUCCUCCUCCUCCCCCUCCUCCCCCUCCUCCACCUCCUCCCACACAGGCACCCCCAACCCAGGGGCCCCAGGAGUCAGAGUUGCCCAAGUUGCCCCGGCCGUUGAAUGCCCCUUCGCCCGUCAGCGCCAUUGUCGCCUUCUCAGUGGUGUCGCCAGAGAUCAAGCAAGCCAUAGAGAGCGUGAAGUACAUCGCAGAGAACAUGAGGACUCGCAACAAGGCCAAAGAGGUGGAGGACGACUGGAAGUACGUAGCCAUGGUCAUCGACAGGAUCUUCCUGUGGGUUUUUGUGACAGUGUGUGUGCUGGGAACGGUGGGACUCUUCCUCCAGCCACUUAUCAGCUUCUUAAAAUGAAAAACUUUUUUUUGUCCUGUCUCUUUCCCUCUCUUUUUGUCUACUUCUGUCCCUCUCUGUACCCCACUUGAAUUACUUUGGGAAUUAUCCCUCCUGCAGCUCUUUCAUAUCAAACACAAAACUGUUUCUUUCUCCUUUUCUGGCAUUUUGUCUCUUUUCUCCGUCUCAUCCUCUUCUUUGGGACUCCAUCAUCAGCUAUCACUUCUAGCUCUCAGCUGUCUAUUUCCUCACAUGAUUUUCCCUGAUUUCCUUCAUCUCAUCUUUGCCUUGCCCUCUCAACAUGCAUGCCAUGCUGUUAUCAAGUCUCCUUCUCCCCAUGACAGUUUUUUUUCUGACAUGAUUAUCAAGUCUGCUUUCCUUUCUUCUUUCUCUUUCCCUGUUUUUCUCCUCUCCUGUGCCAUUUUUUGACCUGCCACUGCCUUCAGCUUAUUUUUUCACAGCUGUCUCCUGUCUCCCAUUGUGUCUAUUGUUCUCUGCAUCUCCAUUCCGUGUGUUUAAAUGAAAAUAUCCUUUCAGUCAUUGUUAUUGUACGGUCUUAUACAAUAUGUUUAACAAUGUCAGGUAAAUAUUGAAGUAAGUAUUAUUAUAAUUAUAAUUUGAAGAACCUCUUAACAUUCAAAUGGCUUAUAAAGAAGAACCUGAAUACCUUCAUGAGUUUUGCUGUCUUGACUUUGUCAUUAUAAGCCGAUGCAAUAAAGACAACACACUUUUGAGAGAAGUGGUACAGUAGGUUAGUCUAGAACGUCUUAGUUAAAGAUAAAUACUGACAGCUGGUAAUAAUAUGUAUGAUGUUGUUCUGAUAGCUGCCACUUUUGCUAUUGUCAGACUGUGUUUCCCUGUAGAUACGUUUGUUAAAUACACAAGAGUUUGCAUGGCUUCUGAGAAGGAACUCUGGCUACGGCUGCACACACAUGAUGUGUUUCCCACAUGUGCUCACGUUAAGUAUAAUUACGCAUUGCACAUUAAUUCACAACUUCACUGUAAACCUACAAUGUAUAGAAGCACUUUGAAUUUCACAAUAUAGAUUGAACUUGUAAAAAGACAUUAAAAG